CCUCGGGGACGAACCGGAGGACGCGUCCGCGCCCGCGCGCGCCGCCGCCCGCCGGGACGCACGCGCUCAGCUGCGGGCUUUUCACCCUCGCACAUUUGAAUUCUUGCGACUAUGCGCGUCGCGCCCCUGCGCUCCGUGCGGUGUGACGGGGGCGUUCGUCCGAAACACAGCAACGCUUGCCGCCGGUGAGUGAGUGUGUGGCGGACAGAGGGAGACACGAUGCCCGCUGCUGCUGCUGCUGCUGCUGCUGCUGCCGCCGGCGGCGGCGGCGGCGCCUCGCUGAGCCCCAGCGCCUUCAUCCCGGUGUGCACGGCCGCCUGCCUCCUGGUCGCCUCGACCUCCCUCUUCUUCGUCUUCACAUGCCCGUGGCUGGCUGUGGCCGUCUGCCCUGCUGUGCCACCAUGCUGUGGCAUCCUCUUCCUUUUCGUGCUGGCCAACUUCACCAUGGCAACCUUCAUGGAUGCCGGUGUUCUCCCAAUGGCUAACGAGGACGAGGACAAAGACGACGAGUUCCGCGCUCCGCUGUACAAGAACGUGGACAUGAGGGGCGUCCAGGUGCGGAUGAAGUGGUGCGCGUCGUGUCAUUUCUACAGGCCGCCGCGCUGCUCGCACUGCAGCGUCUGCGAUCACUGUGUGGAGGACUUUGACCAUCACUGUCCCUGGGUGAACAACUGCAUCGGGAGGCGCAACUACCGCUACUUCUUCCAGUUUCUGUUGUCGCUGACGGUUCACAUGAUCGGUGUCUUCACCUUUGGCCUCAUAUACGUCCUGCACCACAUGGACGAAUUAUGGAAGCUGCACUGCACCGUCACUUUGGUAGUGAUCAGCAUAUCAGGGCUGUUUCUCAUCCCGGUCCUUGGUCUCACUGGAUUCCACCUGUACCUGGUGUCCAGAGGGCGCACCACGAAUGAACAAGUAACUGGGAAGUUUCAAGGUGGAGUAAAUCCUUUUACACGAGGCUGUUGUAACAACCUGGAGUAUCUGGUUUGCAGUCCCAUCUCUCCAAAGUACACGGCGAGGCCCCGUGAGAAAACAGCCAUCCACAUUCAGCCUCCGUUCCUGAGACCAGGAAUCAACAGGCAGCUGCCGGCGAAAGUCCGGGACAAUGGGAUACAGAGUCAGGAUGUCCAGAAUAAAGAAAGCUCUGUUGGAGCCGUCGAUCUGUCAGGCGUCAAGCACCAAGCGUCAGGUCCACCACCGCUGCCACCGAAACCAGACCACGGCAUGCUGAAAAGCCAUCUAGCCGCCAUGGAUGAGGGGACCUCUUUUGCAGAGAUGGGACAUCACAUCAAAACCAUCAUCCCUGUGUCCAUCCCCACUGUGCCACAGCUACGGCCAGUCCUGGAGGCCAUAUCCAGAGGGUCAUCUCCCAUUCCACCGGAGCAGUUGCUGAAGAUGUCGGAGCAGCAGGUGAACAACAAAAGUCCUAACCUCCGCUCUGAGUCCAGAGAAAGCCCCGCCAGGGUCAGCCACCUGCCUCCCCUCCAGGCCAGCGCCGCCUCCAGCUCGCUGCAGCUCAACUCUCUGACGCUCAGCUCCCGCUCUCUCACCCUCAAACACAGCAGCCGGCAUGGUAGCAAAUCCCAACUACCUGCCAUGCAUGCAGACGGUUUGGGAUCCAAUCCCCCGCUGGGCAUCAUCUCCUCCUCCAGCCUGCUGGCUGGCCACAGCAGCAGCAGCAGCAGCAGCCUCACCUAUGAUAACCUCGUCAACCCCGCAGACCCUCAGUUCCUGACUCAGAGAGUUGCACCUCCAGUCGGCUACCACCCGCACUAUAUGGCCCUGGGCACAGAUGGGACCGUGGUCCAGCGGCCCGCUCCUCACACCUACAGCCCUGUGUUCAUGGGCGUCAGCAGACAGUCUCCUCAACCUCGGGACCCCUCACCCUCUUUGCAGGGUCUCAACUCGAGGGAUGCCUCGCCCUCCUUCCACGGUUUCAUUCAGAGAGAACCCUCUCCGGCGUUUCAAGGGCUGAUGCCGAGAGACCUCGCGUCCCAGAGCGUGGCGUCACGAGACAUUCCUCCUCCAGGUCUGACCAUGCGAGAUAUGACCUCUCAGACUCUUCGAGACAGCCUCCGCGACCUCGGCCCACAGGGCUUGACGCCUCAGAAGUCUGCCGCCGCCGCCGCGCGCUACGACAGCUUUUCAAAAACCCUCAUGGCGUCAAUCCAUGAGAGACGGGAGAUGGAGGAGAGGGACAGGAUGCUUCGUCUUCAAGCACGAUCUCAGGCGCUCUACGGCCCAGACAUGGGGAUCUAUGACAUCCCCAGCAGGCGGAGUCUUCCACCAGACAACAUCCGACCUCCGGGCUCCCGUGGACCAACUCCCCCCGCCUACGGCUCCAGGGAGUUUCUGAUGAGCACGGGUAUUCUCGGUUACGGCAUGAGGACCUCGCCCCUCUCCAGCUCCUCCACGUCGUCUCUGACUCGAGGCCCCAAGACCUCCAGCUCUCCUCUGCAGAGCAGCAGCAGCAGCAGCCUGCAGAGCAAAGGCAGGUCAUCCUCUCCGGCCUACUGUCCUCCCGACAGACAGACGCAACCUCUCCCCUCCUCGACAUCCACCCUGCCCCGUCUAUCCUCCUCCUCCACCCCCUCCUACGCCUCAUAUGCCACUGCAAAACGAUCCUCGCUCACAUACUCCUCUGAGGGGAAGGACUCAGUCACCCUGGGAGCCCUGAAAUGAAAAAAAAGAAGUUAGUUUUUUUUCUGAUGGUUUGAUUGAAUCAUCUAUGCAGUCUCGGUUUUCACAGCUCCAUAAUUCUUGGUAAAUAAGAGGCCAUAUGAGACUUUCUCGUGUGGGAGGGUGUGUGAGAAACAGCGAAGAAUAAAUUUAGACUUGUAAGUUUGACCAAAUGUGAAAAAUGGUGAAUCUCAGGAUAGUUGUGCCUCCUCUUUCGAACAGGGGCGAGCUCUAUAAACUCAGUCAGAUGUGACGAAUACGGAUUAGCUCAAUCUGUUUCUGUGUGUUUUGAUAUUGCUUUUGUGAAAUAAUGUAAUACCACAUUAUCUAAUUUGUUUCCUGCUUUUAAAAAAAACAACCUUAUUUAUUAGAACUUUGUAGUUGUUUAUAUGAAUAAACUUAUUUUGUAAUUUUCA